CCCAUCGGAAGACAUGUUUCUGUUAAACGUCAGACGUGACAGGUGGACCCAUUAGGAAGCUACUAAAAAACAUUACGUCUGGGUUUUAAAUGAAGUAUGGAAAAAAAAAAACUGGAUGUCCUUCCGUUUCGGUGUGUACGUUAACAGAAACGGAAAACGCAAAAAUGAUGAAUUAUUAGCCCACAAAGAGUGAAAAGAGUUCCUGGUCCGGUUCUCGCAGCUUUGGUUUGGUGACUGCAGGUUGACCGACAACCAGCUGAGUUUCUUCUUCAUGUUAGCUCAGUAGCUAACUAGCUUAUCGGAACAUUGUCGAAUUGGACCGGGGCUCGGCUAGCUGGUAAAACUUGGCGGCGUGCUUCUUUUCACGUUCCCCGAGGAGGCAGCAACACGUAGGUUUCUACUGCAAACCCUCCUUUAUCUGUCGGAUGGUUGAAGCGGAAUCAACGUGAUUUGAGGCGUAGCGUCCCGCACAGCGUCAGAGCUCCAGCAGCCUAUCCCUUCACUUCAAAUGCUUUUACUUGGAACUUGUAGCUAACGAGCGGUGGCUGUAAAUAUCAAUAUGGACCGUGUGGGCAACUAGGUGAUCAUGUGAGAAGUCGGCGAUCACCGUGUUGUGAACUGGGCCGUUUCACCGUUUGAGACCCCCCCCCCCCGUAUGCCCUCGCCUACGCCCGUCUCGACAUCCUGAGGGCAGGAAGAGGAGGGCGGAGAGGGAGGCAACGGUAGCUCCGGGGUUCCCCCCGACACUCAGCCGAGAAGAGGCAUCGCUGAAAUGAGAUGAGGCUCAGAAAUGGAACUGUGGCCACUGCGUUAAUUUUCUUCACGUCCUUCCUCAGCCUGUCCUGGUACACAGCAUGGCAGAAUGGCAAAGAGAAGCUGAUCGCAUACCAACGGGAGUUCCACGCUUUGAAAGAACGGCUUCGUGUUGCAGAACACAGGACUCUGCAGCGUUCGUCUGAGCUCAACCACAUUCUGGAGCAGUUCAGACGGGCCAUCGCCGAAACCAACAACAGCAAAGAUGCGCUCACAAACUUCUCAGAUGAGACACAGAAACUACUGAAGGAGCUCACCAACAGGAAGCCUCUCCAGGUGCCAAACAUCUACCACCACCUGCCUCACCUCCUGAACAAUGAGGGCAGCCUGCAGCCGGCAGUGCAAGUCGGUCUUGGACGCACAGGAGUUACCAUGGUGAUGGGGAUCCCCACAGUGAAGCGAAAGGUGAAGUCAUAUCUGUCAGAGACGCUGCGUUCGCUGAUGGACAAGCUCUCACCGGAGGAAAAACUUGAUUGUGUCAUCAUUGUGUUUGUUGGGGAGACUGACCUGGACUAUGUUCACAGCAUGGUUGCUGGCCUCGAAAAAGAAUUUUCUACAGAGCUGAACUCGGGCUUGUUGGAAGUCAUCUCCCCACCAGCUGCUUAUUAUCCUGAUCUGAACAACCUCAAAGAGACUUUUGGAGACUCCAAAGAAAGAGUCAGAUGGCGAACAAAGCAGAAUCUGGAUUAUUCCUUUCUCAUGAUGUACGCUGUGAACAAAGGGGUUUAUUAUGUCCAGCUGGAGGAUGACAUUGUGGCCAAGCCCAACUAUUUUGCCACUAUGAAGAACUUUGCGCUGCAGCUGUCCUCAGAGGACUGGAUGAUCCUGGAGUUCUCCCAGCUUGGCUUCAUUGGAAAAAUGUUUCAGGCUCCGGAUCUGAACCUCAUUGUUGAGUUCAUCUUUAUGUUCUACAAAGAGAAGCCCAUCGACUGGCUGCUGGACCACAUCCUCUGGGUCAAAGUCUGCAACCCCGAGAAAGAUGCGAAACACUGUGAUCGGCAGAAAUCCAGUCUCCGCGUGCGGUUUAGACCCUCAUUGUUUCAGCAUGUUGGACUCCAUUCUUCUCUUGCUGGAAAGAUUCAGAAACUCACAGAUAAGGACUUCCUGAAGCCGCUACUCCAUAAGAUGCAUGUUAACCCCCCUGCAGAGGUCUCCACGUCCAUGAAGGUUUAUCAGGGCCACACUCUGGAAAAGACGUACCUUGGGGAAGACUUCUUCUGGGCCAUCACCCCUACCUCUGGAGACUACAUCCUCUUUAAAUUUGACAGACCAGUUAGCAUAGAAAGGUUCCUGUUUCGCAGCGGGAACCAGGAGCACCCAGGGGACAAGAUUGAGAACACCACAGUGGAAAUCCUGCCUUCCCCGGAAAGUGGACUGCAGACCAAAGAGAAGUACAAGCGAACUGAAGAUCGAUUUUACAGGAUUGGUCAUUUUGAGAAAGGUGUGGCAGAGGGGGCUGUAGAUCCAGCCUUCAACCCCAUUGUUGCCCUUCGGCUUUCUGUUCUGAAAGACUCGGCUGUGUGGGCCAUCCUCAGUGAGAUUCAUAUAAAGAAGUUAUCUGGCUGAUUGCUCUGGAGGAGGUACAUGAAUCAUAGCCCCUGGAGGGCCAAAAUCUCCCAGACUGCUAAUGCGGGGUCUCUAGUACCUAGCAACCAGCAGAGAAGUCAUUAGAGCUUAGAGUUGUCUAAGAAAUGCCAGCUCUCUGUCCUCGUUCCUUCUGAUUUGCUAUAUUUUUGCUUCUUAUUUAUCAGUUUCUCCCUUUCUUCCUCCAUUACACCCACACUCUUGUGAAUUCCCUUUAUUUUUAAGAAUGUGAAUACUACUGUCUGCGAUCAACGAGGAGGGUGUGAAGACAUCUGCUCGCAGCUCGGGCUCUCAAAGCGACUGUGUUGCUGAGCAGCUUUGAAACCAAUCAGAUAAUUGCUGGAUGAACGAGGUUGCAUCCUUUCAGGUGGAGAGAACCAGUCCACCUGGCCAGUGGUGGAGAUGCUGCCAAAUCUGUCUGUUACUGAAUGCUGCCACACCUGGGUGAGCAGGGGCAUUGCACUGUCUUUAGUGCCUCAGCAAAACCAGUUGAUGAUCAAGAAUGUCGACGUCACUAAUGGCCAGUUGCUCUCCGUUCUCAACAGAAAUGGUGGAGUUAUUCCAUCAACUAGCACAUGACUCUAGAUCAAUACAAGCCCAAACAAAUAUCUUUUCUUCAUUCCAAUCAAACAAAUACCUGACCUGUUAUCAAGCUGGUGAGUGUAUUGUUCUGAAAUCCAUCUGGGUGAUAUUUGACUUUAGGGCAGCCGAAUGAUCCAUACAGAAAAUCAGCACCACGGUGUCAAAUCUUUCUCACCUCUGUCUGAUAUGCUGUUUGACCUCGAGGUUAGUUUAUAGUCAACUAACUUGGACACGUUAAUGCCUGGCAACGUUUUCUCGAAGAAAUAUAUUGCUAUACUGAUGCAUUAUUAUUACAGCAAUCACUGACGAUCUAUGAAGUUGACUUAAUUUAUUGGAAAUAAAUCUUUAAUUUGUAUAAGAGGUCAAAUAUAUUUUUAUUCUAAGAGAUGUUUACGGUAGUUACGAGUCUGUGUUUUUAUGUACUUUUUUCUUUUUAAUCUAAAUUGCUUCUGUACAUUUUAUAAUCAUGGUAUGCAUCUUGCAAAGUCCCGAAUCAACAGGUUCAUUUUCAUUGGAUAGAAAUCUAAACGAUAAGAGGGUUGCACUGGAUUCUGUUUUAGUUGCAGGGUUCCUACACAUUCCUGAAAAAAUGUGGUUUGAUUUAAGCAUUUUCAAUAUGUAUUGGCUUGGACAAAAGGUAGAAUGCAGUAUCUUGAGAUAAUGAGGUAAUGAUGCAGUUAUUACAUCAAAAUGACUAAAACUCUUUAUUUUAAGAAUUUAUCAGGAUAGGAUGAGGAACCCAUGAGCAAAAUGAUCUUGAAAUCUUGAUUUCGCUUUAAAUAACGAGGCGCUUAACCUUAUAAAGCCUGCUAUUUUGAGAUCAUGUAGCUGUCGUGACAAAAAAAAGCUUGAGAGCUUAUUUCCAUUUAACGAGACUAGGAAAAUGGUUGUACGUUUAAAAAGGCCAGAACCUUGCUAUUUCAAAGUAUUUGGAUAUUUAACGGUUAUACAACUAAAAUUAGCUCUAGUUAUUACUUUAUCAAGGUAUCAAGAAAACGUGCUGAAGAACUUGAUCUCAAGAUGAUAAAAUGUAUAACAAAAUGAUUAUGAGAUCCUUGUGUCUCGAUAUAACAGGAUUAUAAACUAAUCUCAUUAAAACGUGGUCUUAAUCUUGGUAUCUCGAUAUAUAGACAGUUGUACCACAAAAACAAACUUGAGAUUUUAUUUUCUUGAGGUAAGCUGAUUAGGUCUUCGUAUCUCGAUAUGAGAAACUAGAAGCUAAAGAGCUUGUUGUCAUGAGAUAUGGAAACUUAUGACCGAACACGCAUGACAUCUUGGUAUCUUGAUAUAAUGAAAUAAGCUGUUUCUUAGUUAAAAUAUCUUAAUUUUAAAAGGAUAAUGAAGCUGUUAUUACCUUAAUACAAUAGCACAAUAAAACCACUUUUAUGCCUCUGUUUCUUAAGGAUAAUGGCUCUCAGUUUCCUUAAGGAUUGCGUCUUUUUGCGGGAUUUACUACAAUAGCUGGACAAUUGAACAACUCCUCUCGUGUUUCUUAGUUUUUGAGUUCCCGAUGGAAUAUCUAUAGCCAGCUGCACUCAUACAGCUUCACUGUGUGUCAUUGGUGGCUGUGCCUUCUGUAAUAAAACAAGUUUUAAUGUUUGGCGCACACUGAUACUGAACCCCAAAGAGUUUUCAAAGAAAAUGAAAGCAGUUUACCCUAAUUAUUUGUACUUGGUUGAAAUUGCAGAAAAAUGUUGACUAUUAAAAAAUGUAAGUCUGAGAACAUCUAUAAUAUUGAAGUUAAAAGUGUAGGAACCCUGUGGUUGUAGAUAUCCAUCUGACUGAAAAAUGUGCCUUAUUAACAUGGUUAUCUUGAAAUUGCCCCAAAAUCUUUUCUCUCGGUUUCUUGCCUAUACAUGAUAUGAAAGCUGGAUAUAUUAAUAUUAAAAAAUACUGAGUAAAACCCAAUGUCAAAGAUAUUACUGCUGACUGAAAUUAGUGAGUUUCAUCAGUUUACCAUCUGACAGCGAUAUUUGCACUGCUUUGUUUUUUUUUUUUUACAUUUUUGUUUAAAUCACUGUUUUCAUUGUACCUCACAUUUCACUUUCACGCAUUUUUGAAACAAAUUCAACAACUAAUUAAGUCAGUUUUUUUAAUGAACAGGACGUGAUGACUACUGAUCGUUAGAGUGCAACUCUGAUUGUAUAUACAUUUAAAAAUUAGAUAUUCUAUCACCUUUUUCCUAUUUUGACGUAUGCAUUGUCAUGUAUCUGGGCAACUAUGUCAGUGGAAACUAUUUGUAAGUGAAACUUGAAUGGUCUUUUGAAUUAGUGAUUGUUGUGAAGGGAUUAGUGAAGUGCCUUUAGGUGGGAAUGUUUUCUAAUGAUUUGAUUUCUGGCUUAUGCUUGUUUGCAUUCAUGAUUUUACUUCUAAUUUAUAAGCAUUUUGUUUAGAUCUUAACAGGUUCCCUCUACCCUAACGUGCUCUGUUCAAUCUCUAGUUCUUCUUUAAAUUUGGAGACACGAGCAAAGCCUCAUGACCCGUACUGUUUGAAAAGGACGUUAUUCUGCUAAGAUGUUUUCUCUGCUUUCAUAAACCGAACAUGAAUGCUUGUAUGGGAAACAUGGUCAUGCGAUCCUUGGGAUUUCCCCCCAGUCCUUUUAGGGAAGGCGGGACAGUCCAUAAAAAACACAAAGGACCUUCACCCAACAACCUCCAAUGCCCAUCAGUUCAUGUGCCUUCAUCAUGUUCAUGUGUUUGCCUGAUUCUGAUGAUCUUCUUUGGCAUGAAUUUUUCAUGAACCUAACUUUUAAAUAAACAGCUGAACUGGGUAGAGGUAAUGAC